CCUCUCGCGCGGGACGUACGCGCAUCUUUAUCUGCGCUCCGAUUUUUAAUAUCUUGAUAAGGAUCGCAAGUUUGUGUGGUGAUUGUGAAGUUUUUCAUUUGGUUGAACAUAAUCUCGUGUUGUACCUGUUCACAGCACCGUGAUAUUCUAAUCUGUAGUCGAGCAGAGCAUGAGCCAGUGACGCCAUGUUCGGCGGCGGCGGCGGCGGAGGCGUCGGCGGGGGCUACAGCGGGGACUGUGCGGAGGGCUACGGCCUGGGGUACGGGGGGAGGUUGCAGCAGUACGCGCACUUCGCGCCGCAUCAGAAUGUAUGGCAUCACCACGCCGCGCAUCACGACUCUUAUGGCGGGGGCGGCGUGAGCGGUGUGGGCGGGGUCGCGGGGGGGCUGUACGGCCAGAACGUUGUGAUGGGCUCGUGGUGCGCGCCCUACGACGCCUUGCAGAGGCCGCCUGCUUACGAUGGCGUUCUCGAGGCUUACGAAGAAGGACGGGAAUGCGUCAACUGCGGCGCCAACAACACGCCGCUGUGGCGCCGCGACGCCACGGGGCACUACCUCUGCAACGCGUGCGGCCUCUACCACAAGAUCAACGGCGUCAACCGGCCCCUUGUAAAGCCCAGCAAACGGCUGUCGGCGGCUCGUCGCCACGGCCAGUGCUGCACCAACUGCGGCUCCCGGAACACGACGCUGUGGCGGCGCAACAACGACGGCGAGCCCGUCUGCAACGCCUGCGGCCUCUACUACAAGCUGCACGGCAUCAACCGGCCACUUGCUAUGAGAAAAGACGGCAUUCAAACCAGAAAAAGGAAACCCAAGAAGUCUGGCAGCGGCGCUAAGCCCCCGCAGGACCCCACCAAGAAAGACGAACAUAGUUCACCCGGCAUUGACGAAAGCAAGCCAAGUAUAGCGGAGGUGCCGCUGCCGCUGACUUCGCUGUCGAGCCACGGCAGCCACAGCGCGAAGCUGCGCACGGACUCUCACGCGCACGCCACGCCCGACACCUCGCCGCUCACACACAACUCGCACCACUCCCAUUCACAGCAGCCGCAGCAAACGCAGCAACACAGUCAGUACGGCAGCGCGCUAUUCCCGAGCCCGUCUCUGUUCAACAUCAAGAGCGAGCCCAGCGCGCCCUACGAUUACAACCAGCACUACCAACACCAGCAUUACCUACACGCGUUACAGUACGGUCUUUCCAAUGGUGAAGAAGAAGAAGGUAGCGGUUUCCUUCACCAGCGCAACGUGACGGCGCACGCAAAACUCAUGGCUUCAACGUAGCGCCGCCAAGAAGCUCGGUGGACCAGAACACGAAACAUGAUUUCAAGAGAACUAGAAGAUUCCUAGCGCCAUCUGUCGAUACUUUGUGGAGAUCCAAUACAGCCCAAUAGAUGGCGUUGCGGCUCACAGAAGUAAUGUCGACGUAUUCGUGAGGGAUGAAGCUCGCGACUUGGACAAAAUUUAAUUAAAGUAUUAUAAGUAUGAUUACUAACUGCGAUUAAUUUAUAUAAAUUUGGCCUUUUUCAAUAUCACAUUUAUAUAUUAUCUAUAUGACGGGUUUUCUACCCUCAUCAUGUUUAGCUUUAUUCCUGAAAUCAUAAGUUUUAUUUCAGACUAUACGUAAUGUCGUAUGUAAUCAUUAGUAACUAAGUGAUUGAUGUGAUUUUAAUGACCACAUAGAUUAGUUCGAUUUAUUUUAGUUAGAUUAAAUGUACAAAUAAUUUUAGAUAACUGCAAUGAAUCGUAGUUAGUAAUCAAACUACACAAUAUUAGUAAACUAGGCCCAGCUCUGUCCAUAGUUAAAUAAUAUUGUCGAUACUACUAUUACCUAUGGAAAAACUAUGGGUAGUCCAGAAAAGAAAACCCUACUGUAGACUCCUUGUUAUUCCACGUUAGUAGAAAAUAGUAUUGAGUUGACAAUUUUAGGACGUGAACAUCCUGCUAUAGGUAGACUGUGAUCUGACCUAUUUGUAAAGGGUAACAUAUAUGUAGUUUGUAGUAUUAAGUUAUAGCUAGCCAUAAUGAUUAGACUGAAAUUUGUCAGUAGUAGUAAGUAGUCAUACCAAUUCUUUUUUGUAAAUAUUAGUGAAACAGAGUGUACCACAUACAUAGCCACAAGCUGAUGUUAAACUUAAGAAACAACAACAGUAAUGUCUGAAACAAGAAGUUAAGCUUGAUGAAGGCAUCGUGCUACAAAAUCAUAUCGAAGUCUAGAAGAAAACUUCUUGAAUUGGUGUUAGUCCUAUUAAAUCGAUAAGUAUUUAUAAGUACAUAAAAAACAGAAACAGUAUUCAUAAGUGUUAAGUAUGAAUCUACUAUUGAACUCAUCCUUAAAACGAUAAGGAUUCCUACACUCGCACCUUGCUGCAAAAUAUUUCACAUUUCUGUCACUAAGCGAGUAGUAUAGUUCAGCCGCCAUGGAACAGACAUUCAGUUAACGUUGUUAGAUUUUGUCAACAUAGAAAAAUAUGUAAACCGUAAUACGUCGUCUCAUGAUUAAUUACAGCAAUAAAGCUAGCUACCACUGCCACUGCUUAUAAGCUUAAAACGAUUUGUUAUCGGGAUCCAUUUUAAAUAAGUAGGUACUCCAUGGAGGAUACCAUGCAACAUAAAAGACAUGAUACUUAGGUACCUAUCACAUCGUUGCCUACACGUUCUCUUUUUUACUCAAUAUGGGAAAAAAUAAACACAUUUGGAUAUUUGAAUGUGCUAUGUGUUUGUUUCUUGGUAGGCCUUUAGAUUAUAAACUGUGGGUCAGUACUUGGUAGUACUGGACGCGCAGGAAGACGCGAAUGGGAAUUUCAUAAAACGAUCAUUUCUCAAAAUGAUUUUGCAAAAUUUGCACUUCGUAAAAUGUGAACUUGUUUAUUAUACUAUAAUGUAUGAUUUUAAUACCUACAAUUUUCAAGAUAAAUAUUGCGAUUAGUGUUUUGGCGAUAGUCAAACUAAAGGAUGCCAACGCGAAGGAACGUAAAUUCUGUAAGUAGUUUGUAAUCGAGCAAGUUGGCAAACCAGCAGUGUAUGUCGAUCCGCCAAAGUUUGGCGAACUGUUUGCCGAUAAUAUAUAGCUGGCAUAUUCAAAUGCACAGUUCUUGAAAGCGUUCAUUUUAGCUUUGCCGGUUAUUGCUGGUUUAUUAGUCACUCUCUAUGAGACCGUGACGAGAAUGUAAUCUAAGUAAAAUAAAAUGGCAUUUAUAAAGUGUAAAUAUUUUAUAGGAUAAAACUAUUAGGCUAAGAGGUCCUGCCGCAGACAGAUAUCACAGUACUUAUUGCCCGAAAUAUCGGAAAUAAGUACAACUUGUACUAUUAUUGUAAAAUACAUAUUAUUUGAGCACAGA